GAACCUUCUCUUUGUUUUGCAGUUCUUUCGCUGCUCAGCACUUCCAGACAGCUUCUCUUCACCGAUCCAAACCCCCAGAAAACCAACACGCAGACAUGAAUGCAGCAGCAGCACCCGGAGGCUCCAAGGCCGCUCCCCCCAAGUUCAAGCAAAAGGAGACCAGGCAGUUCAAGAGCAAGGCUCCCAAAGCGGGACAGAAGGGAUUCGAUGAUGUCCCAGGGAUGUAUGGCCUUGGAGAUGCGGAGGUUGUGUGCCCCUGGCAGGCGUUUGGUGACAUGGAGCUGAAUGAUCUGGCCCACUUUGGCAUCGUCUGAAGAACAAAUGGAAACGGUUUAUUCCUGGUGGCUGCAAUCCAGCAGCUCUUCUUUCAUUUGAGAGCGCUCCUCAUGAGACCCCCCUCUCGCUGGGCGUGGAGACGAACCGGAAUCGAAACCAUUUUAGGACGACUGACGGAUGGAGAGGGAAUUCUUUUCUCUCCCCCUCGAUAAGUGGAGGAAGAAGCUCUUGGACAGCAGCCCCCAAGAAUGAGUCUUCUUCUGUCCUUGGCAUGAUACACCUCGCCACCCGGAGGUUUUAGCAUCUCUCCGAGCUCUCUCUCGGUCUCUCUUUGUGUAUAUCUUUCAGGAUGUCUCUGUUGUGGCCUUGUUGUCCCGUGCAGCCCAGAGCAUGUGUAAAGGUGUAACACACAGUACCGCUGCUUGGGUUUAGUCAAAGGGAUGACGAGUGAACAACCUGGGAUCAAUAAAUCUUUCCUAAAGUCCAUGUAAUCUAUCUAUCUCUCUAUCUCUAUCUCUCUCUCUCUCUCUCUCUCUCUCUAUUUCUAUCUAUCUAUCCAU